AUGUUGUCCCGCCUUGCCGCUUCCUCGAGGCCCUUAUCUGCUGCCAAUACUUAUAAGCAGCACGCUAGACUGCUCGCGACGGUCGCCUCCAAGAUGACCAUCGAAGUUGCUCCUCUCCCUCUUCCCCCUUCCGCGGACGCUUCCAAGUUCGCCGACUUUGGACGUGAAGUCAAGGGCAUUAAUCCGGGAGACCUCACGCAGGAGCAGCUCGAGGAAAUCAAGGAGUUGCUCUACAAGCACGAUGCCCUUCUCUUCCGCAACGCCGAAGUAACACCCGAGCAGCAGUACGCUUUGACAAAGUUCUUCGACCCCGCAUCCGAGUCGUACGGGCAUGGCAACAACAAGACUGGUAAAGAGGUCAAGUCGAUUCUCCACCCGGACUUGAAGACCAUCCCGCGCGUCCCGCAGGUACAGCUUAUCGGCAACGGACCAGCGCCGCCACAUGAGGGAUUGCCGCCCGUGCAGCUCAAGCACCCCUCGCACGAGACCUUCCACAAGACGCACGUUUCCGACCCUAACACUACUCGGUUCUACCGCUGGCAUAUCGACGCUGCUCUGUACAAGCUCUCGCCGCCGAAGGUCACCACGCUCUAUGGUAUCAAAGUUCCGAAGGGCCCGAAGCAGAAGCUCGUGUAUGACGAUGGAACUGGCGACGAGCUGGAGGUGCCUCUUGGCACGACGGCCUUCGUUUCGGGCAGGACUAUGUUCGAUAUCCUGCCACCGGAGCUUAAGAGCGUUGCUGUGCGCGCGAAGGUCCGCUACGCGCCGCACCCUUACGUCUGGAUGUCGCCCUCGCACGCGAUGAGCACUGGUCUCGGUAUCGAGUCUGAAGGCCUUGAGCUGCCUCUCGAGGAGUUGCCGCCGUGGACUGAAGAGGAAGUUAAGACGUACCCGGUUACGUGGAAGAACCCGGUCACGGGCAAGCUUCACUUCCAGGUCCACCCGUGUGGCGCCAAGGAGCUUCUCAUUGAGCCCUUGCCCGCUGGCGCCAACCGUCAGGGCGCUCUCUACCCCGAUGGCGCGCACCUCAAGGACAUUAAGGAGGUCCGCGACUUGCUGUACAAGAUGCAGCGCCCGGCUAUCGCUCCCAAACUCGUCUACCCGCACGACUGGCACGAGAAUGACCUUGUCCUCUUCCACAACCGUGGCGUCUUGCACUCGGUCGUCGGCGCAUUCGCGCCUGAUCAGCUGCGCAUGUUCCAUCAGUGCAACCUCGCAGCCUCUGACGAGCCCGUCGGGCCUUCUGCGGAGGACGUCAAGGCGUACGCGUAG